AAAACUAGUAGCGGUGAACUUGAGCUGGACGAUUUGGCCUGCUUUCUCCGCGCCGACAAGUUGGUUGCUUGAGCUCCGAAAACCGGUUUGGACUUUCACUGUCAUUCGGAGACCUUGGAGGAAGCGGCAGCCGUCCGGUGAAGCUCUCCGCGAACGGAUGUACUGACAGCCAUGAUCCUCACGGAGAAGGAUCUCCAGCUUCUUUCGACGCUGCCUUUUCAACAGGAGCGAAAGGACGCCGAUCUCAAGAUAGAAUUUGAUGGCACCACGGUGUUGUGUCGUGUUUGCGGGGACAAGGCAAGCGGUUUUCACUAUGGUGUGCACUCCUGCGAAGGAUGCAAGGGUUUCUUUCGUCGUAGCAUUCAGCAAAAAAUUCAGUACAGGCCAUGUACGAAGAAUCAGCAAUGCUCAAUCCUCCGUAUUAACCGCAACCGGUGCCAGUACUGCCGCCUCAAGAAGUGCAUAGCAGUGGGCAUGUCUCGAGAUGCCGUGAGGUUCGGCCGUGUGCCUAAGCGUGAGAAGGCCAAAAUCCUGGCCGCCAUGCAGAAGGUGAACGCAAGCUCUCAGGAGAAGGCACUAUCGGUGGAGCUGGAGGACGAAAUGCGCCUCUUUGACACUGUUGUACGAGCGCACGAGGAAACCUGCGACUUCACCAGCGACAAAGUGACACCACUUCUUGAGCGGGCCCGUGCUCAUCCCAUCUACGCCCAGUGCCCACCGCAGUUGGCAUGCCCACUAAAUCCAACAACACUGCAUCAACCACAAGCUGAAGGCAGUGGGCCACGGCUUAUGGAAGAUUUCUCUGAGCGGUUCUCACCAGCCAUUCGCGGAGUUGUGGAGUUUGCAAAGCGCAUCCCUGGCUUUAGUCUCCUGGCUCAGGACGAUCAAGUGACGCUACUGAAAGCUGGAGUGUUUGAAGUGCUCCUCGUACGGCUAGCUUGCAUGUUCGACAGCCGCUCCAGUUCCAUGGUGUGCCUCAACGGCCAAGUCCUUCUGCGGGAAUCCCUUCAUUCAGCCAGCAAUGCUCGAUUCCUGCUAGACUCCAUGUUUGAUUUUGCUGAACGCCUCAACUCUUUGGGUCUCACUGAUGCGGAGCUCGGUCUCUUCUGUGCCAUCGUCGUCAUUGCGGCAGAUCGGCCUGGCCUCCGUAACACCGAGCUUGUACAGAAGAUGCAGCGGCGGUUGACAGAUGUGCUGCAGAAGGCAAUAGCUGCGGGCCACCCUGACCAACCACAGCUCUGUGCCGAACUGAUGAAGAAGGUGCCCGACCUACGGACACUCAAUACGCUGCACUCUGAAAAAUUGCUCGCGUACAAGAUGGAGCCAGCAGCCACUCCGCCCUACCUGAAUGCUGCGACAGUGCCCAGCAGCGAACCCUGGAGCAUAAAAGAGUGGGGUCCCGCAAGUCCGCGUUCUGUAGCAUCUUCUACUAACUCCCUAGACGGCGCCAAAAGUCCAGUACGCUCUGGUUCGUUCUCGAGCAGCACCGACUAUUCCCCCGACAGCCCCGCUGGACCUAAAACGUAUGCAAAGGUGCGACGUGUGGACUCUCCUACGGACUCUGGUAUAGAAAGCGGAAAGGAGCCCAGCUGCUGCACGCCGACUGCCUCCGUGUGCUCUAGCCCGCGCUCGCUGGACGAGAAAGUGAAGGAAGUGGCCGACGAGAGUGAGCGGCCCGAGGAGGACAUGCCCGUGCUGAAGCGCGCUCUGCAGGCGCCGCCACUCGUCAGCCCCAACCAGCUCAUGGAGGAAGCGUACAGGCAUCACAAGAAACUACGAGCUGCUCGCAAGGAGUCUGCAUCUAGCUCAGCAGACCUCGCAUCGAGCCACAGCACGCUAGUGGGGCGGCUCCAGCAGGCACCUCGUUUCAUGAAUGAGCAGCAGCUCAAGCGCACUGACCUCAUCCAUAACAUAAUCAUGCGCAACGAGAGUCCGCUGGGACCUCCCCCACCCAAAUAUCCAGCUCUGCCCCAAGGUGCAUUCUACCCUGGAUGGCCAUUUCCCGAAACACCGCUACCACCGCAUCCUGUGGCAACACCAACUACACCCACACCUCCACCCCGCUGCCCAUACAGCCCGAGCAGCCCAACACUAGUCGUGACAGAGGGUCCCCAGCCCCUCAACCUGUCCAAGAAGCCUGGCAGCCCGUUCCCGCUCAAGACCGAGACGUGAAGCCAGUCUCUUGCCCCCCCUGUGUACAUAUCUUAGCGCAUGGACGCUGGCCAUCUUAAGUUAUAUGCCCUAUUCUAUACUGUACAGAGAAUCAUCUGCCCACAAUGGGCACACUUAAUAUAAAUUAAGGUGGAACCAUCGAAGAAGCUGCAGGAGCCAGUAUUACGUGCAAUCAUUUCUGUGUCAUCUGUAUCAAUGUGCGUUUAUUUAUGGACAGCCAACCCCGUUUUAGCAGGUGUUGUAAGUUAUGACGUAUGCCAUUGUGUGUGUGUGUGUGUGUGCAGUGUGUCAUGUGCUUUUGUCUAGCAUAUUGUAUUUCUCGUUCCAUUGCCUAUGUACAAAGAUUUAUCCACAUUUCUUCAAAAUCAAUAAAAAAGAAAACUGCGAAGGUCAAA